AUGGUUGUCCGUACAUUAAUCACCCGUAGUGCUUGGGCGAGUAAAGAUCCUAUUAUCAGUUAUAAAGAGUUGAAACCUUUGACUCAACAACCUACCGAUGAAAUCAUCAUCAUUGACGUUCGUGAACCCGAUGAAGCGGCUUUAGGGAUGAUACCUUCCGCCGUAAACUUGCCAAUGUCGGAAAUACAAAAAGCUUUAGAUGUCAAGAUGAACCCUGGGGAUUUCCAACGGAAAUUCGCUUUCCCUAAACCAGCCCUUUCGCAGAACAUAAUCUUUUACUGUCGUUCGGGCAAACGAUCAGCUACCGCUUCCGAACUAGCGGAGAAUCUGGGAUAUCACAACGUUCGAAAUUACGUCGGGAGCUGGCUUGACUGGAGCAAGCGACAAGAGACCAAACCUAAUUCUGAAGAUGAAGAUGAAGACUAG